CGACGGAGACGACGGAGCCGACGACGAGGAAGAAGAUGAAACAGGAAGAUGAAGGCAGCAGCAAGUGAAGACUCAUCGUAGGUUCUAUGCUCCGAUUAAGGACCUCUGAAGAAGAAGAGAGUAGUUGUGAAAUUUCUCAGCUAAGACAAACAGUGUUACAAAACAAUGACAGACUCCUUGAUGAGAUGCUCUGCCAAGAAAUCUACAAGAAGGUCAUCAACUGCAGAGGUGGUUGGGGCAUUGCAGGCACGCCUCUGCAUGCUGCAGUGUCCAAAGGCCAUCUCAGCUGUCUGCAGGUCCUGCUAGCCCACGGAGCCUUGGUAGACUGCGUGGAUGUCAAGGCUCAGACGCCUCUCUUUGCAGCUGUUCGUGGGAAAUACCUGGACUGUGUCUUAGCGCUCCUAGGAGCAGGCGCCAACCCCAACGGGAACUCAUCCAACAACUGCUCCCCUGUACUUACUGCUGCUCGGGAGGGUGAUGUGGAGAUAUUAAAGCAACUGCUUAAACAUGGUGCAGAGGUGAACUCUCGCUCCAAAGUCUUGCUCUGGACCUCCAGUGCCAGGGUGUCGAGCGGGCCGCUGUACCUGGCUGCUGUUUACGGACACAUGGAGUGUUUCAAACUGCUGCUCCUCUACGGGGCGGACCCAGAUUACAACUGCACAGAUGCAAAGCUGCUGAGUUCUAUCAAGCAGCCUAAAACUGUGCUGGAGAUGUGCCUCAGGCAUGGCUGUGGCGUGGAGUAUAUCCAGCUUCUGAUCGACUUCGGUGCAAACGUCUACCUUCCUACGCUGAUCAUCGAGAAGUCCACGAAGCAGAACGAGGCUGUGGAGCUGCUUCUCCAGGAAAGAGGAAAUCCAAAAGCCUUGACCUCACAGUGCCGACUCGCUGUCAGAAGAUACCUCAAAAAGAUCGACAAGAUCCACUGUAUCGACCAGCUGGAGAUGCCAACAAGUCUCAUUAACUUCCUGCAAUACAAACCUGUCCCAGCCACAGUUCUGUAGCUACGUGAGAUGGAGGCGUGUUUAUGUCAAUUCAUUUUUAUUUCAGCUACAGCUUUUGUUUUAUUUGCAGCUUAUGGACCACCUUUGUCUUUUCUUUUUUCAAUGACUUGUUGUUGUCAUGCGUUGUUUUGUUAAGACUGAUAAGUCAAAAUAUUAAAUGUGAGGACAAAUAGUGUGUGGCCUCUGUUUCAUUAUUAGUAUUUACCCUGCAGCUUCUUCAGUCACAUGUUCAUCACAAGUUGGCUAAGUACUUUAGAGGAGCUGUUUUUCUUUUAUGAAAACUACAAGCUUGCCUCAGACAAGUUCCCUCUAGUACUUGAACUAGAUCAGGGUCAGUAUGUGUGAAAUCACUCAGUGUAGUUAGUGUAUCAAAA